GAGAGACAUACGGCCUUAAAGCUUAUAAAUUUAUAGACGAUGAAAGUAGGGUUAUCAAAACGCACUUUCAUUUUAUAGACCGUAUUAUCGUCUUUCUCACGAUGAUCAUAGAGAAUGUUGAAGCCUUGAAGUCAUGGCUGGCAAAACUCCUGGAGCCAAUAUGUGAUGCUGACCCCUCUGCGUUAGCCAACUAUGUGGUGGCUCUUGUGAAGAAGGACAAACCAGAGAAAGAGCUGAAAGCACUUUGUGCAGAUCAGCUUGAUGUCUUCCUACAAAAAGAGACAAUGGGAUUUGUCGAUAAACUUUUUGAAUGUCUGACAACAAAGAACUACCUGGGAAUUCCUGCUGCUAAGGAAACUCCUAAAGAGGAGGUCAAACCACCUGCAGUCAAAUCUGAUGUUGUGGAGGCUGAAACUCCAGAAGAAGAAAGAGAAAACAGGCGGAGGAGAAGUCCUCUGAGGAACCGCUCUGACUUCAACGAAUCCAGGAGCCGUGAUGACAGGAGGCGUGAUGAGCGCAAGCGCCGCGACUUCGAUCGGCAUGGGAAAAGCGGCAGCGACUCCCACCGCGAGCGGGAGCGCCACGAGCGUCGCAGGGGCAGCCCCCGCGGGAGGAGCUACAGCCGCAGCCGAAGCCGCAGCCGGAGCAGGAGCGGCAGCCGGGGAAAGAGCAGGGACAGGGAGCACAGAGGAGGCAGAGACUUCAAGUCAAAGUUUGAGCUGGAAAGGAAGGACACGGACUGCUACAACACCUCCACGACAUCCAGCUCCCAGCAGCAGCACCCGCCGCCUCUCCUGCCCACACCUCCGCACCCCUUCUCCUCCUCUUCCUCAUCGUCUGCUGGACUCUCAGGAGCUGGAGGCGUCCCCAUAGCAACGCCGGCUCACCUGCCUGAUAGCACUACAGACAGCUGGUCUGGCUACUAUGGCACCCAGAGGCAAGAUGGUGUUGUCAAGCCAUUCAGCAACAAAGGCGCUUCACUCAAACAGCGAUGCAGGGAUUAUGAUGAAAAGGGAUUUUGCGUCCGUGGAGAUCUUUGUCCAUUCGACCACGGCAACGAUCCUCUCAUCGUUGAUGAUGUCAAUCUGCCGAGCAUGAUUCCGUUCCCGCCCCCACCUGUUAUGCCCCCCGCCGGCCUGCCCAUGCCCCCAAUCACUGAGCCACCCCCUCCCCUAAGGAUGCCUUCAAUGCCACCCUAUGGCCAGCCACCGCCACCCGGUGUCUUCCCCAUGACUGGACCCCCACUGAUAGCAACCAGUGGGAUUGAUACUCCCAACCACCAGUCUGCAAUCACGUCUUCUCCUCCUAUUGGACCACCUGGUGUGGGAAUGCCGCCUACUCUUCCUCCUCCUCCUCCUCCUCCACCUCCUCCCUCCACGUCCUCAUCUGUAUCUCUUCGUCCCCAAUAUGUCCAGUCUGAAUAUAACUAUGAUCCAGAGGGCUAUAACCCAGAAUCCCCAGGCCUGACUGCUGCAGGUCGUAACCCGUACCGUCAGUUCAUUCCCCGAGUGCAGAGCCAGCGAUCCAACCUCAUCGGCCUCACCUCCAAUGAAGGACAAGGCUCCAGAGCUGCCAACAUAGUGAUCCAGACAGAGCCUGCCACUGCAGCCAGCACUCCUGGAAGUAACGUCUCCCGUUUCAGCACAGAUCAGGACAGCAGGAAGAGAACCAUGGGGCCCAGUACAGCCGAGGGACCCACAGCUAAAAAACCUUGGAUUGACAAGCCGAGCUUUAACAACCAACAUAAGAGCAGUUUUCCCAAGAGGUAUCACUAUGUGAACACCAAGCUGGAGGUGCGCAAGAUCCCACGUGAGCUCAACAACAUCACCAAGCUCAACGAGCACUUCAGCAAGUUUGGAACCAUCGUCAACAUCCAGGUUGUGUUUGGCGGAGACCCGGAGGCGGCGUUGAUCCAGUACACAAAGAAUGAAGAGGCCAGACGGGCCAUAUCCAGCACAGAGGCGGUCCUCAACAACCGCUUCAUUCGUGUUUAUUGGCACCGCGAGCCCGGCACCAAUGCCACAGGGCUCCAGCAGCAGGAGCAGAGCUCAGGGAGCCAGGCAGCUGGGUCAGUGCCCAGCCAGGGGCCACAGCACAGCAAUGUACAUAAGGGGAUCAAGCAGCAUAAUCCAGCCGCCUACGUGCUGAACAAGACUGUACCCAAGCAUCGCCUGCCAGCAGUGGCAGGGAUCGCAGCCACAACCAAGGCAGACAGCCUGAACCCAAACGCAGACACUGUCACUGUGGCGCCUGCACUGACAAACACCCAGAAGGGUCCCUACUCUUCACCAGCCCUCAAGUCCUCCUCAAAGAGCCUUGGGAAAACAGGAAAAGCACUAGAAGCACAGGAAGUCCUCAAGAAGAAACAGGAGGCAUUAAAGCUUCAGCAGGACAUGAGGAAGAAGAAGCAAGAGAUGUUAAAGACACAGAUUGAGUGUCAGAAGGCCUUGAUAAACCGCCUGGAGAAGAACCGAGGGAUGAAACCUGAGGAGCGGGCCAACAUCAUGAAGACCCUGAAGGAGCUGACGGAGAAGAUUGCGCAGCUGCAGAACGAAAUGAACCCUAACUCUGCCUCCCAGGUGCCCAGCGCCAAACCCAACCACAACCAGCCCAAGACCAAGACUGAUGUAAGUUUGGGCCCAUUUGUCGAGGCCCAGAAGGAAUUGCUGGACGCCGAGCUGGACUUUCACAAAAAGAUGAGCUCUGGAGAGGAUACGACAGACCUCAAGAGAAAACUGGGACAGCUACAGGUGGAGGCGACUCGGUUGGGUCUGAUACGGCCUCCGACAGGUCGAGGUCGGGGCCGAGGCAAGAUGGCGCUGGAGCCCGGUUUGAUGCCUGUGGGCCGCGGCAGGGGCCGAAGCCGGGAGAUGAUGGCUCGCAGCGGGCCCGUGAACCGCAUGGUGGUCGACCACAGACCCCGAGCCCUGGCUAUUUUGGGAGUCACUCAGGAGGAGAAGGAAGAGCUAAUGCCGCACUUUGUGAAAUUUGGUGAGAUCGAGGAUGUCCGUGACCAAGAUGCCACCAGUGUCGUCAUGACCUUUAAGACACGAAGCGAAGCAGAGAAUGCAGCUAACCAGGGAGCUAAAUUUAAAGGUCGUGUGCUGCAGAUUUCCUGGUACAAGCCCAAGACGCCCUCUGUUACAACGGAACCAGAAGAGGAAGAGGCUAAAGAUGAUGACAAUACGAAGGAAGCUAGCUCUUAUUUGCCUGGUGGGGAGGAGGAAGAGGAGGAGGAAGAGGACGACGAUGAGGACGACGAGUACGAGAGUCGAUCUUGGAGGCGGUGAAGGCAUUGUGAUUUGUCACGAGCUGCUCUCCGGCAGAAUCAGUCGUUAUUUUUCCCCACAUGCAGAUAAAAUCAAAGGAACUCACAUUUUUUUCCUUUCCAGUAUUUUCAAGCGAAGUAAUUUUAGACUAUAAUUAAUCGAAAUAAAAACGCCUUUACUUUCUUGUACAUGAGAAGAAGUUUAGAGGGCCGAUGAUUUUUUUUUUUGUAUCCCUCGACUAAACAAUUAUUUAAAACAUCUCACUUUUGCUGAGAAAGCUAAAUGUUAAGUUGUUCUUAUAGAUAGGAAAACCUAUGUAAGUUUCAGUGUGCUUACCAGAUGAUAAAUAUCAGUAAUGCACAACAUUUGUGUCUACUGUGAAUAGGUAUUUUUAUACAUACUGUAUUUAAACUCUUUUCUCACCAGUUUUUGAAAAUUCUUGUCCUCAGUUCAGGGACAGCCAUUCCUUCACCGGUAGAACGUUCUCUGUUGCUACCAGAGAGAUAUUUAUUUAUUUUUCCACUGCAUAGAUGCACUGUGCAGUACCUAUAUUGGCACAGUAUGGUGUGGUUUUCAGUUUCACUCUGCUCACAGUUUGUUUUGGUAUGGAUUCACCUAAAACAUUAAAGGAUCCAAAUAUUUUUGACAGUGGCUCUCUGUCCUGGCAAGAAUACAUGCUAAUUUGUGCAUGUUGUUUUCCCAAAUAAACAGAGCGACCCCUGCCCAGCGCCCAAAGGUGCUGCUGCUGUACCAUGACCAUAUUAGAGCCAGUGCAGGUACAGAAGGAUACCAGUGCAAUAGAAAAAUCCAAACUAUGUUUACAAAUUGCCGUGUCCCAGCACGUCAGAUACAGUCUUGUAGUAAAUAUUCAAAUAUUUCCCCGCUUGUAUUUUGUUGCUCUCUAAAUGUCCGGUGCCACUCUGUGUAAAUAUAAACACCCACAUGGGUGUUCUACAUUUUCUAAGAGUGUGUAACAUUUUUCACUUGUUUAAUUCUGUCUCCUGGUUGUCAGGACAGGACAAGGAUCACCCAUUUCAAAAAAAAAAAAAAAAAAGUGAGAUCCAUAGACAGGUGUUUGAAUGUAAUCCUGAACAGUUGAUUUUAAUAUAUAAU